UUUGGAAGAUACGUAUCUUGACGAUUAUUCGAACAAACGCCAAUGUCUCCAAGUAGAUAAUGAACCACCACGAACUCCUGAACAACAUGAUACACCGGAAAUUGACGAAGAAGAAAGUUCAACCUAUGACAUUUUUCCAACACAUAUUCAUAAACGACCAGAACCGAAUCCCUUUUUAGCCAGAACCAAGCAUGAUAGAGACAUAGAGGAAGAGGAUGACGAAGAAUAUAAUGCGGAUCAGACGAUCGUUGGUGGCAAAAGCACCGAUUGGAUUAUAGAUGGGAUUCGUAUUAGAGAAAGUCUCACACAAUACCAGCUGGAGAAGAACCCGCCAAAGACGAGACCGGAAUAUUACGAUGUCAUUUUUUUUAAUGAUAACAAUAAAGAUGGUUUCUUAGAGACAUUGGACGAAAAUAUCGUAGAAAAAAUGCUUGACGAUGAGAAACUUAAACCGAAUGAAGAUAUCCCUUCAUUUGAGAAAAAUUUUGCGUUGAAUUUCGUGAGACAUAUGGUAAAAUUAAUAGAAGAUGUGAACUUGCUCCUCGAUCAAAUGUCCGAAGGAACAUAUAUAGUUCAUGUGUUAGCUCCGAUACUCUCUGAAUUUUUCAUUAAAAACAAACAAGAUUGGUAUGCAUCUUAUGGGGAGACGUGCCUCAAAGCAAGCGCAAAAGAUGGUAACUCCCAAAAAGCAGAUGAUCAGCGCCGAUCUCCCGGAAAGAAAAUAGACACUAUUAUCUCAUUGAGAGAAGAGGAUGAAGAGUUUUCCGUGACUGAAGUUAGUGGUCCACCGGCGAAGAACGAUUGGUCACACUUCAAGGGUGAUCGUAUGAAAAUCACCAAAAUGUUGAAAACCCUAAUAAAUCGAUUUGCAGAACUAAGUCCAAGUUCUGUAAAUGAGCUUAUAAUCUAUGAAUUUCAAUUAAAAUACACCGAGAUAUAUAUAAUGAUACCGGUAUUAAAAUUUCCUUUACCGAAAACAUGGAAGGAUAUGGCGAAAGCUCAUGAAACUGUGAUGGGCUUGUUGAAAUAUGAG